AUGUUCGCCGCCACCAGGGUUCUCCGCGCUGCUGCUCACGCUGAGCGUGUUCCUUCCAUCAAGUUCCUCGGUCGCAGAACCAUUCCUGCUUCCGUCGACCACACUCCCAAGCCUCACCCUGCCUCUCCCACCCACUCGCUCCCCUCCAACUGGGGUUCUUCCACCACCUUCAGCGCCUACCGCCAGCACGCCCAGCAGCACGGCCCCCUUCGCAAGACCAUCGGCCGUGAGCAGGCCGGCAUUGGUGGCUCUCCCGGCGCCGCUCUUGGCCCCGUCAAGCCCACCGAGGGCCUCUACUUUGACCGCAACGAGCUCCCUGCCCGCUUCCGUCGCCAGCCUCUCACCGAGGCCGAGAUUGAGGCUAUCGAGACCGGCUGUGGCUUUGCUUAA